AUGUCGCGCAUGAAGUUGACCGCUGCGCCCCCUACGCCGCCGGCCCCGGACGCCCUAGCGCUGUCUUUCACCGGCGCCGCGCGGGCCAGCGGCGCGCCGCUGGCCGGGUACAAGCUCGCCUACCGCGCGGCGCCGCCGGGCGGCUACCCGCCGGCGCGCUGCGGGGCCGGCGCACCGAAACUGAACGUGACGGUCAUCCCCGUGCCCGGCGGCGCGGGCGCUGGGGCCACGCCCAUCAUGAUCAGGGGCCUCGCGGCCGGCCGGCGCUACCGCUUCCGGCUGUGCGCGUUCGACGCGGCGGGGAACCAUGCUGCCGGCAUUGUGGCUGCCGGGAAGACUGCGGGCUGA